UACACCAAUUUUGAGUUUGUAUAUGCACGGUUUUAGUGGAAACCGUGCAUAGUGUUUGUAGGAACCAAUGGGAUGUUACUAUUGAGGAAAUCCCUCCUCCUUGAAACCGAAAGAAGAAGCGCUCUCCGGUUGGCCAGGGAAGGCUGGCGGCAUUGCCUUCCCUGGGUUAUCUGUAAAACGUGCUGCUGCUCUGUGUGAAGAGCUAACAGCUAGGUCAAUACGGGAAAGGUGGACCUGGAAAAGCUGACGUCUGAUUGAGGCCAAUCGGGAAACGGUGUUCAUUCACUCGCUGAGUUGAGGCGGCUAGUGUUAGCAUAGUUAUCUGCAUCAAAUUUUAAAAUGUCCUACUCGUCAUCACGAAGCUCCUCGCGUAACACUGACUGCAAGGUGUAUGUAGGUGACCUAGGCAACGGUGCUGCCAAGGGGGAGUUGGAGCGGGCGUUCAGCUACUAUGGACCUUUGCGCAGUGUCUGGGUGGCCAGAAACCCACCUGGUUUUGCCUUUGUCGAGUACGAAGAUCCCAGAGAUGCUGAGGAUGCGACGAAGGGCAUGGACGGCAAAGUGCUCUGUGGUGCCCGCAUAAGAGUGGAGUUGUCAACGGGUAUGUCUCGCAAGUCACGCCACGACCGCCCCAGCCGCCGGCACUUCGACCCCAACGACCGCUGCUACCAAUGUGGCGAGAAUGGCCAUUAUGCAUAUGACUGCUAUCGCUUUAGCAAGAGGGGGGGUGGCCGCCGCAGCAGGUCCCGCUCACGGUCAAGGUCCAGAGGAAGGCGUUACCGCUCACGCAGCCGAAGCAACGGCCGCGACCGCAGGUGUUAUAAAUCCCCAUCAUACUCAAAGCGCAAAAGCAGUAGAUCUGGGUCCCCAGCACGUUCCAAGUCCAGAAGUCCAGUGCGCAGGUCGUCCAGAAGUCCAGUGCGCAGGUCGUCCAGAAGUCCAGUGCGCAGGUCGUCCAGAAGUCCAGUGCGCAGGUCGUCCAGAAGUCCAGUGCGCAGAGCAGCAAGUCGCUCCAGAUCUCGAUCCCGGUCCGUGUCCCGCCCCAGGGCGCGCAGCGUCUCCAGAUCUCGCUCCCGGUCCAAGUCCCGCUCAGCCACCACCAAGAGGGACAGUCGAUCCAGGUCUCCGAGCCAGAGGAAAAGCCCCACUCCCGAUGCCGACUGACCAUGGGGGUGAGACCGCUCCCUGCCCUCUCCUGUUCCGCUGUCCCCUUUUGCCUCGGGGCUUGAAGCCAUUUUACACCUUUGUCUAUGUAUUUGAUUUCUUUCUCCUGUCAUUUUUUAAUUUAUCCCUUGCUUUUCAUCCUCUGGCUUUGGCAUUAUUUCAUCUGUAUGUACAAAGGAUUCCCAAACUCCUUUUUCCAACAUGUACAUUUCAAUGGCUUGUUUUAGUCUUAUUUUUUUUUUUUGCAUUCUGUGUGUUUUACUCCAGUUUGUCAGUCUUUUUUUUUUUUAAGCUAAAUGAUUUGGGGUUUUAUUUCAUUUUCAAUGUAAAUGGCGGGAUCUUUUUAAUAAAAUUAAUCUUUACACUAA